AUGCUGCAGCAUCAAUGGCUGCAGCUCCAACGUAGCGUGCCCCAACUGAGCCUUGGAACCGAUCCCUUCCUGGCAUCCCUGACCUUGUGGCCACCCACACAGACUCCAGGCAGGCAUCGCUAUGCCAACCUCCACUCCUCGCACCAGCGAGUCGGUGAGAGCUUAGCCCACUUGGAUUUUCAUGCCCGAGUCACUGGAGAAGAGGACGCCUUCACUCGGGAACUCGACAGCAUCUACGAUGAGGUUUCAUCCAAGAUCGAAGGUUUCGGCUUGUUUGAAGCUGACAUCUCAAUUCCACCCCGAGUGCUGCAAAGACAACGAGGGGUGGUGCGCACCAACUGCUUCGAUUCCCUAGAUCGAACGAACCUCCUUCAGUACCAGGUGGCUUGGCGCUGGCUGCAAGUGCAACUGCCUACCCUCCAAUCUCCUAUCUCUUCAGGCUAUCGAGGCGCCACGGCCGAGACGGGCCAUCUGCAAGCGGCGCUAAGGAGCAUGUGGGCCGAUUUGGGUGACGCACUUUCGGAGCAGUACACGGGAACUGCGAGCACCAUGGGUGCUGCCCUGCGACAAGGCGGCCAUACGGCCAGAGCCAUGCUGGAGAAGGGCUGGAGGGCAGUGAACCGAGCCUACUGUGCUCACUUCGAAGACGACGCGCGGCAGUCGGCAAUACAGCUGCUCUUGCGCAGCCACAAGCUGGCCAAGGCUCCUUCCAUUCCGGAAGUCCGUCGAAGUCCUCAGGGCAAGCUGCGAUUAGCCUUGGCUUCCUGGAACCUCCAUGGCCGCGCGCCCUGGGAGUCGGCAGAGACCCUGCGAAGCUUGGUGCGAGGAGCUUGCGAGGUCCAGGGGGGCACCCGAGAAAGCCCGGACAUCUUCGUGUUCUGCUUCCAAGAAUUUUCC